AUGGUGGCGGGGAGGCUCCGGGCCCGCAGCCCACUAAGCUGGCUGUUCCCUGGGCUGUGGCUGCUGGCGCUCAGCGGUUCUGGGUGGCUACUGCGCGCCCAGGAGCAACCCUCCUGCAGAGGAGCCUUUGAUCUUUACUUCGUCCUAGACAAGUCUGGGAGUGUGGCAAAUAAUUGGAUUGAAAUUUUCAAGUUUGUCCAGCAACUUACUGAGAGAUUUAUAAGCCCUCAAAUGAGAUUAUCUUUCAUUGUGUUUUCUUCUCAAGCCACCAUUAUUUUGCCAUUAACUGGAGACAGAGGUAAAAUUGACCAAGGCUUGAAGGAUUUAAAACAGGUUAAUCCUGCCGGAGAGACAUAUAUUCAUGAAGGACUAAAGCUAGCGAAUGAACAAAUUCAGAAAGCAGGAGGUUUAAAAACCUCUAGCAUUGUAAUUGCUCUGACAGAUGGCAAAUUGGACGGUCUGGUGCCAUCAUAUGCAGAGAAAGAGGCAAAGAUAACCAGGUCGCUUGGUGCUAGAGUUUAUUGUGUUGGUGUUCUUGAAUUUGAACAAGCUCAGCUUGAAAAAAUUGCUGAUUCCAAGGAGCAAGUUUUCCCUGUUAAAGGUGGUUUUCAAGCUCUCAAAGGAAUAAUUAAUUCUAUAUUACAUCAGUCAUGUACUGAAAUCCUGGAAUUGCGACCAUCAAGUGUCUGUGUAGGGGAGGAAUUUCAAAUUGUUCUGAAUGGAAGAGGAUUCACAUUGGGGAACAGAGAUGGCAGUGUGGUUUGCACAUAUACGUUAAAUGAAACAUACACAAAGAGUGUAACACCAGUGAGUGUGCAACUUAAUUCUAUGCUUUGUCCUGCACCUACUUUGAAUAAAGUUGGAGAAACUCUUGAUGUUGCAGUGAGCUUCAAUGGAGGAAAAUCUGUCAUCACAAGCUCAUUAAUAAUCACAGCCACAGAAUGUUCAAAUGGAAUUGCAGCCAUCAUUGCUAUUUUGGUGCUACUGCUCCUCUUGGGCAUCGGUUUGAUGUGGUGGUUUUGGCCCCUUUGCUGCAAAGUGGUAAUCAAGGAUCCGCCACCACCACCUCCCCCUGCACCAAAAGAGGAGGAAGAGGAGCAAUUGCCUAACAAGAAAUGGCCAACUGUGGAUGCCUCCUAUUAUGGUGGUCGAGGAGUUGGUGGAAUAAAAAGAAUGGAGGUUCGUUGGGGUGAUAAAGGAUCCACUGAGGAAGGUGCAAGGCUAGAAAAAGCUAAAAAUGCUGUGGUGACGAUUCCUGAAGAAGCAGAGGGACCUGUUAAUCCUAGACCACCGAGGCCCAAACCCAUACACCAGCCUCCUCAGACAAAGUGGUACACACCAAUUAAGGGCCGUCUUGAUGCACUUUGGGCUUUGUUGCGGCGACAAUACGACCGUGUUUCCUUGAUGCGACCUCAGGAAGGAGAUGAGGGUCGAUGUAUCAACUUCUCCCGAGUUCCAACUCAGUAAAAGGAAAGCAGUAAGUCAAAAGAGGUACGAAGAUGACACAUUUUCACAAUGCUGAUUUCCAACUAAGAAAAUAAAGACAUUUCAGAAGUUUUUGGAAAAGCAACUUAAUUCUUCUCAGGCAUAAAAUGUUUUCUCUGCCUUCUGCUUUGCUUACAGCAAACAUUUCCAAACACUUGUUCUGCUGUCUACACACAAGUCCAUGAAACCCAAUGGUAACACAUAAUUCAUGACCUUGAAAUAAAGAAGAUCCUUAACUGCAUGCUAUGGUUUAUACAAGAGUUCAUUUCAAUGUGUAGAAGAAGAGAAAACAAAACUACAAUCAGAACAUGCUACAGCAUGAAGUUGAUAUCAAAGCAGGGACUACAAAAAUAGCCAUGAUGGAUUUUUCAUGGAGAGAGUUUCAUACAUGAAAACAUUUGCUACGGUCAAAGCAGAAAAUUCCCACCAGGCUAAGCAAAUAAAGGAGUCCAUUGCCUUAUAGCUGUAUCAGAUCAAAGCAUCCUUCCAAGUCCCCUGUCUCAGUGUGCCUUACGGGAAGCUUCUGACUGGAAAAUCUUGUCAUUUUAGCACUGAAAAGUGCACAUGCAUGACAAAAUGUGGACAGGAUGCCUCAAGAUAUCAGUAACAAGCAAGAUUUUGCCCUUUAGUUUUUGAAGAAACCUUUCACUAUGCACUUGGGACAAGAAGAAAAUUAAUAGAGCGUUCUUCUUCAGAAAGACAGUCUCUAAGCAAAGAUCUUGAGUGGAAUUUAAGGACUUGUGAUUUGAGACUGCCCAUGUGUCUGGUAGAUUAUCCCACUUUUCUUUGUUUAAGAUUUAGUAGCACAUACAGUAUCAAUAUCUGUAAACAUACUUAGGAGUUUGUUUUGUUUUUAAUUUAAAGGAAGCUGUAACCACAAAGCUUCCGCUCAGGGUUUUUUCUUUCUUCCAAGUCUCCAAGGGCUCUUCAGCGUCACAAGCCAGCAACUCUCUUUGCAUGAAAAUUUCAAAGUUUAAUUAAUAUAAUUAAAAGCAACAGCAAGCAGCAGCCUGUGAAGAUUUUGCUCAUCCUUUUUAUGCCUUUUGACAUUGAAUGACCUAUUACUGUGUGCACAUUAUUUGGAUUUUGAGGGGCACUCCACCUUGGUUAUGAUUCAGUAGAGGAAAAAGACCUAUUUUUACCAAUUUGUAAAUUAAAUUUUCAGGAGGAUUGGCCAUCACAAGCAUUGACAAUGUAUGUAUUAUAUUUUAGAAAAACCACCAUCGUGUCUUGUCGGCAAUGCCAUAUUAUGUUAGUGUGAGUAGAAACACUGUGGGGGAGGAAUAAGGAAGCAGCUGAAGAAAAAAGCUCAAAUGAUCUAGUCACUUUCGAUACUGUACUUCAGAUGCGAAAUGGAUAUUCGACUCGAAACCUGACAAAGUGCGCCUGCUUUGAUGUGAACUGGUAUAGACAAUGACCAGUGGCUGGGUCAGUGGGAUGUCUUUCUGCGAGCACAAAGGCUUAUCAAAUGACACUAAAAAUAAGUUCAACCACCAUCACAUUGGAAAGAAGAAGGUGAACAUUUUAUGUUUGGUGGGCAUGUGUGUGCAUAAGAUGGAAAGAGCGAUUUGGAGCAUCCUGGUAUAAUUACCCCCACUGUGCUCUUAAUGGAAAUUUCAAAGGACAUGAAUGAUUCUGUUGGUUGGUGUCCAGAUUUGUGACACUGCUCCAAGAAGCCUUACACACACACACACAAAUAUAUAAAUGUAUGUAUCCUUUAGCUUGGAUCUUUUUCUCAAGUUUAUUUAUGUCUCUGGCUUUCUGGUUCUAAAGUCACGUGUCCACAUAGUCAUAAAUAAAAUUUUUACCU